UGGAUAUCGCCUCCCGCCACGCGGGCGGGAGUUCCCUGGGUUAAUGGAUAUCGAAGUGCUUGUGCAUGUAGGAUUUGGGAUGGAGUCACACGGCCAAGACUUGAAAGCCUCUCCUGGUGUUAUUAUACAUCAAGAUAUACAGAAGGAAAGAGACCUUGCAGCAUUCCAUAAAGAUGAAGUCACUCUUUUCUUGUUUGAUGGGUUAAAGGCUCUGGAGAGGAAAAGAUAUAUCGAGUCUAUCAUUGCUAGCGACCCUCACUUUGAUCAAACUGGUAGAUGUACACUAACCUCUGAAGAAGCUUUUGAUCGAUCAAUCAAAAGAUCUGUGAGAUGGGUUGCUGUCAAAGAAAAGUAUAACCUGAAUGAACCAGAUGAUGAUGCAGCUUUAGGAAGGUGUAUGAACCAAGAUGUGGGUUUGUUUAUUCAUCUGCUGAUGUUCAUACCAACCAUUGAUAGACUAGGAACUGAAGAACAGAAAGUGAAAUGGUUACCUCUAGCUAGACAAUACAAAAUAAUUGGAACUUACGCACAGACAGAGCUUGGUCAUGGUACCAAUUUGAAUUGUUUGGAAACUACUGCCACAUAUGAUGAGAAGACACAAGAAUUUAUUCUCAACUCUCCAACUCUGACUGCAAUGAAAUGGUGGCCAGGAGGAUUGGCUAAGUCAUGCACACAUGUUAUUCUAAUGGCCCAGCUGAUUGUCAAGGGAAAAACAUAUGGUCCUCAUUGCUUUAUCGUUCAAGUGCGAAGUCUUGAGACUCAUCAGCCUCUACCAGGUAUGACACUUGGUGACAUUGGAAGAAAGUCCUCAUUUGAUGCUGUUGGGAAUGGUUUCCUGAUUAUGGAUCAUGUUCGUAUUCCUCGUCUUAACAUGUUGAUGAAGUAUGCUGAGGUUACUACUAAUGGUGAGUACAAGCGACUAGGCAAUCCUAAGGUUACCUAUGGGAGCAUGAUACUCGUCAGAACUAAGAUUGUAGAAGCUGCUUCCUAUGAAAUUGCCAAAGCCAUCACCGUGGCAACAAGAUACAGUGUCAUCCGCAGACAAGGUUCAAUAGAGAAGAAUGGUCCUGAGGUUCCAAUUUUAGAUUAUCAGACUCAACAACACAAGCUAUUCCCUGGCAUUGCUGCUGCUUAUGCCUUCAAGUUUGUCAGUCUUCAACUCAAGCCACUCUAUCAAGAGAAUGAGAAAAACCUUCAAAAGCUAAAUUUUAAUCUUCUUCCAGAGCUUCAUGCUCUGGCUUCUGGUUUAAAGGCCCUUACAACAAGAGAAGCAACACUUCACAUUGAGACUUGUCGCUUUGCCUGUGGGGGUCAUGGUGUAAUGUUACAGAGUGGGUUGCCUGACAUGUACAAUAAGUUUUCAGCAGCCUGUACCUAUGAAGGCGAGAACACUGUUUUACUUCUGCAGGUUGCAGGGUUCCUGAUGAAGAUUCUAAGUAAAGCUCAGGCAGGGGAAUCCAUUCAAGGACUUGGUGCUUAUCUCACAGAAGAACCAGAGAAUAGCUGGUCAUGUGACCAACCAGACCAGUCACUGAAUGCGCAUCUUAUUCUAGAUGCCUACAAGCAUAGAGCCCAGUGGUUAACUCGUAAGGCAGGAGAGCAGCUAGCCCAGAUGAUGGGGCAAGGACUAUCUCAACAACAAGCCUGGAACAAAUCUAGUAUUGAUCUAGUCAAAGCUUCUCAUGCUCACACCCAAUAUUUCAUAGUGAAGUGUUUCUUUGAAGGUGUUCAGCAUGUGAAUGUAUCACAUGACACAGCAACUAUACUCAAUACUCUAAGCUUUCUCUAUGCCAUCUAUCAUAUGGAACAAAACUCUGGAGAAUUCAUCGCUGAUGGAUACAUGACCAAUGAUCAACUGAGUUGGCUACAUAGUCACUACCUUGAACUCCUUGCUGUAAUCAGACCUAAUGCUGUAGCCUUGGUUGAUGCUUUUGAUAUCCGUGAUGAGUUCUUGCAGUCUACUCUGGGGUCCUAUGAUGGUAACGUCUAUCAAAGGAUGUAUGAGUAUGCAAAGACCAGCCCCCGAAAUAGAACAGAAGUACAUGAGACCUACUACAAGUACAUAAGACCUCUACUCAAAGGAAUGAUUGCUAAACUAUGAGUAUGCUCCGUCCUUUCUUCAGGAAUGAAGAAUUUCAAGGAAACACUAUCAAGUGUGUGAAAAUCAAUCAGUACAUACCGAAAUAUUAUAAAUAUGAAUGGAUGCACCAAUUAUAUUGCCUAUUUGCACACUAUAGAGCAGAAUGAUGAUUGCGAGAGAAUAUAUAUUUGCCAAUCAGAUUUGCCAGAACAAAGGGUAACAUAAAUCAAUUCUUUUGUACUUAAAAAAUCUAGUACAUGACAUGUUUAAAGCCUUAUCUAUGAUUAGUAUGGAUUGUGUUAGUGACACAGAAAUAUACAGAUAAGUGUUAAACUCCAAUGCACAUGUCAACUUGCCAAUCGUAAAGGAAUUAAAGACAAAUGAAGAAAAAAUGCUGGCUUGGUGUUUAAGAGACAAGUUUUCUUGAGCAAACCCCAUUCUCGAAUCAAGAUAAAUGUCUGACUUGUAGAAAUUUUCCAACUUCAGUAUUAUAUGUAGCAGCUGUCCAUAUCAUUACUACCAAAUCACAUAUAAUGGGCAAAUAUGUUAUUCGUCAGAAGGCUAUGCAAUUAAUUGUAAAGGUUUUGAUAUGUAGAUUCCCUUUGUCUAUUUUUUUCUAUUUAAAAUGAUGUGCAAUAUUUUAUGAUCCAUUGUGUGCAUUUUUAAAUUCCAUGCCACAAAUUAGAUGCCACACAAUUUGUCUAAUUUUGUAAAAUCUAUAUUUGAGUAGUAUUCUGGUUAUGAAACAUCCCCUAAAAGGUUACUAGAACAAUUAUGUUAUGAGACAUCCUUGUGGAAGUUAUAAUUCUGAAAUGUUUUUUGCAGGGAAACAUUCCCACUAUUGAAGUGUCCAUCUGGGAAUCCUUGCUCUUGGCAUUUUGAGGUGAGAUUUAAGUGGUGAGAGAAGAGGGAGAAGUUGUCUAUAAUGAAAAAAAAUGUGCAUUUUCAUGAACUAAGGUUUUUUGUAUGAUUAUGUAUGUGACUCUUAGUAUGACACAUAAUACUUGGAAUACCUCAAUUUUAACUCUUGUGGCUUAUAUUAGCCAAUAUACAUUGUUAUUUUUCCAUUGUUCUUCCAAAAGCGAUUCUACCCUGAGUCAGGAGACUGUGUUGAACUGUGAACUUUUCAUGUGUUUCAUCACAUUGUGAUUUAAAAAAUGUAUCUUGUUCAUAAGUAUAAUUAAUAGGUGGCUUUAAUGAAAUAUGUAGAAAAAAACAUAGUGAUUUCAUAUUUCACUGCCAAAUUACCAAUUUGACAUGUAUAUUUAUGAUCUGGUUUCAAACAAAACUCAGUAUCAUUGGUCUGAAUUAAUAUUGCGAAUAUUUAUAUCAUUUUUCUUAAUUUUUCUGUAUUCAAGAUAAUUAACUUAUUGUAAAUUUUGAACUGAUCUUCAUAAUAGAAUUAAUGAGGUCAUAUGCCUCUCUGUAUUGAUGUUCAAUAUUCAUUCAAUAGCAGUAUGAUUAAAGUGCAAGUAAAGUUAUCUUUUUAAAAAAAAUGAGUCUUUGUUAACCCUAUCAGUCAGGGGAAGGGUGGGUGGGAAGGCAUUAUACAUCCCCUCAACAUAUUUUUGCAAUAAGCUGUCUAUAAUCAUUUCUACCUCCAUGCUGUAAUGUAUAAGGUUGCCAUAUUUAUGCAAUUUUGGGAUCGGCCCCCAACAUUGUUCUGUGUAAGGUUUGUGUUGUGUUGUUUCAUGGCUUUUUUGCGAUGACAUAGUACACAAUUCCUUGACAACAUGGUAUUGUGUAAGUGCAAAUAAUUCCCAUAAUUAUUAAAGAAUGUUAUUUCAUGUACAAAUCUAAAGCAAAUUCUGUUUCUACCAAAUUUCCUAAAGCAAUAUUGUUACAUUUACCGAAUAUAUCAAUUAAUUUCUUGUUCUGAUUGAAAGAGUUGAAGAACUUUAUAGAUGGCUAAAUACUAAUUUCAUGUGGAAAUUAGCAUAAUUUAGCGAAAUUUCUCUAUGCAAUGAUGUUACAUCUUGUUUUAUCGUCAUUUAGAUUUUUGUUGUGGUCACAUGAACCGUAGCCAAGAUCGGGGGGGGGGGGGGGGGAUGAUCCCCUUCCCAUGACGGACAAAAUUUGAAAUACACCAGUGUUAAGAAAUCCAUUUGGGCAAUUCCACAGGUUGGUCCAAAUCAUGUAACGUGAGUAACCGACACAUUCCAAAGACUUGCCAGGAGCAU